AUGUCGUCUCAUAGCGUGUUGGUGCGUAGUUAUAGCUCUGUCAUAAGAGCUCAAGCCAGAGCUGACAGCCCCAGCGGCAGCGUCUCUGUGCUCUACACGCCCACCACCACCACCACUCUCACAAUGAUUCCAGUGCUGUGUAGGAUGUCGAACAAUAUGGCCAAGAUAGCAGAUGCUCGAAAGACAGUGGAGCAGCUAAAGCUUGAGGUUAACAUAGAGAGGAUGCUGAUCUCUAAAGCUGCUGCUGAACUCAUGGCCUACUGUGAAUCUCAUGCCAAAGAGGACCCUUUGUCCUUGUGGUUGCCUUUUCCUCUGUGGGCGUGGGGCCCCUGCCCUGGGCCUGAGGUGCAGUGGGUGGGGCCAUCGCCCUGGAGCCGCUCAGAGCGACAGGUGCUCUCAGUUGAAACAGCGCACAUCUCUGAAUCUUGUCACGGAUUACACUCAUUUCUACCUUUUGAGAUUGGAAGACAGAAUAAGGCCUGGAAAUGGCCAACUUUGGAGGACAUGCGAUCCCAGGGUCCUUCUUCUUUCUCUUGGGAGUGUGGCUGA